AUGUCACCAGCCCCUCCUCUACUUCAGCAUUCUUGCCUCCGUACAUUUACCGUCUCAGCACCGCUCUCGCCUCGCUACCUGAUCUCUGAAGGUCGCACUACUCUACCUGACCCAGACUCGGAAGAUGCGCCCUCACUCAGAUCCUCGCCAUUCUACCUAGAGACAGGAUACUCGAUAUUUGCGAAACGCCCGUCGAGACCAUUUCCUCCACCCUUUGUCAAUCUGCCCUCCGGCUCCUUCUCUGAUCCGCUGACCACCCACAACGUCCCACGAGGGCGCCGACCAUUCGUUAAUGGACAACCCGUACGAGGGAUCACGAAUGGCGACGACGCCAUCAUCAUUGCGGACAAAAACUUCAUCGCCGUCAACGAUGGCGUGGGGGCAUGGGCAUUGAAAGAUCGAGGUCACGCUGCUCUGUGGUCACGGCUCAUUGCUCACUUCUGGGCUCUCGAGGUCGAGAAGUCCUUCGAAGGCCGCGAGGACGUCGACCUGGCCGAUCUCAAUCCCAUUCAAAAUCUGCAAGACGCAUACAACGAGACCAAGGCGGUACUGAAAGGGGGAUUGUUGAAACCCCAACAGGAUGAGAAUCGGCAUGAUCAGAACAAGGAUGAGUCCGGACCCAGGUCCACAGAGACAUCGUCCUCGACUUCAGACACCAAAGAGAAGAGCGACGCAGACGAUAUCCUAGGAACCACCACAGCCUCCUCAGCACUCUUGCAUUACCGGCGUACCUCGUCUUCGCCGACGCCCGUGGUAUUGGCCACUACGCUCGGUGACUGCAAAGUGCUUGUGAUCCGCCCGUCGUCCAACACCGUGCUCUACCACUCGAAAGAGCAAUGGCACUGGUUUGACUGUCCGCGCCAACUGGGCACAAAUUCGCCAGAUACACCGCUCGGCAACGCCGUGACCGAUACGGUGGACAUCCAAGUGGACGACGUGGUUUUGGUCCUUAGUGACGGCGUGACAGAUAACUUGUGGGAGCACGAGAUAUGUCAGAACGUCAGUGGCAGCGUGGAGAAGUGGCAAGCCGGCGAGCAGGAGGCCAAAGACGGACCCGUCUAUGUGGCGCGCACAUUGAUGAACGCCGCGAGAGAGAUCGCCCAGGAUCCCAACGCAGAAUCGCCAUACAUGGAACGCGCAUUUGAUGAAGGCAUAGCUGCCGAGGGUGGCAAGUUGGACGACAUCUCCGUCGUCAUAGGCGUCUGUCGGAAGAAAGAGUGA